UGUAUCCCCAGGUCUCUGCUUUGCCUGGCAUGUUCUGUUUUCCUGAAUAGGUGACUUUGAAUUUGCUCCAGUCCUAGCAGAGUUUGAGAAGCAGCAAGUGUCCCGCGACUUACUAAAGAGAAUCUCAGGAGUCUUCCAGGAACUUUUUGGGAAUGAGGUGGCUCACGAGCGAGGGAGAAGCAGAAACUCCCAGGAACCUCUGUGGACUGGCCUUUAAGCCCGGCAACGGCGAAAACCUGGAUGGAGGAUCGCUGGGCCUGCGAGCGCGGAAAGUGAUGCCGCUUUUCCCAAACCUCCUUUCCGAGUCUUCGCCCGAGCCCCGGCUGAGCGCAAACUGAAAGUGGAAAGCGGCCGGGCUGCCAGCCGCCAGCGAGCCUCCUACCCAGGAAGAGACUUUUUGGAUGCCUUCUGGUCUGAAGAAAUCUCCAGCUGCUCUGAUGAUAGUUUAAGAAGACUGCAUGCUGUUUCCUCUCGAUGCCAAGCCAGGCCCGCGCGGAACCUCGGAUCCCAGCCCUUCAUGGCGACCGGGUCCCAGCAGGAAUGGCAGUGGAAGACAUCGGCACCCAGAUGGUUCCUUCACGUGAAGUUGUCUUGGGCUGUGGGCCGACUCGAGAACACCUGGUAGCCAGGCCGGCCCUCUGUCAGUCACCCAGGGCCGGGCAGCAUGGCGUGGAUUCAGAGGAGGCAGCUUUUGGCAUCUUGCCUCUGCAUCACAGCCUCUGUCUUUCUGCUUGUCACACUCCAGGUAGUGGUUGAGCUGGGGAAACUUGAAAGGAAGAAGUUUAAAAAUUCCAACUGGCAAGAUGGACAUGCAUCGAUGGAGGAGGAGCCUACACACCUCUAUCCACUCCCUGGGAAAGAAGCCCUGAACUGGAAAAACAAAUCAGAGACUGAUAACUACCCCAUCAUGCUCUGGUGGUCCCCACUGACCGGGGAAACUGGAAGGCUAGGCCAGUGCGGAGCGGAUGCGUGUUUCUUCACCAUCAACCGGACCUACCUACAUCAUCACAUGACCAAAGCAUUCCUCUUCUAUGGCACUGACUUUAACAUAGAUAGCUUACCUCUGCCUCGGAAGGCCCAUCACGACUGGGCCCUUUUUCACGAAGAGUCUCCGAAAAAUAAUUACAAGCUCUUUCACAAGCCGGUCAUCACCUUGUUCAACUACACUGCCACGUUCAGCCGACAUUCCCACUUGCCACUGACCACCCAGUACUUGGAGGGCGUAGAAGUCCUGAAGUCACUCAGAUACCUGGUCCCUUUGCGGUCCAAGAACAUCCUUCGAAGAAGACUUGCUCCACUGGUGUAUGUCCAGUCAGACUGUGACCCGCCAUCAGACAGGGACAGCUAUGUUCGAGAACUGAUGACUCACGUUGAGGUGGAUUCCUACGGUGAGUGUUUACGAAACAAGGAUCUCCCUCCGCAGCUAAAAAAUCCAGCUUCCAUGGAUGCUGAUGGCUUUUAUAGGAUCAUCGCACAGUAUAAGUUUAUCCUUGCCUUCGAGAAUGCGGUGUGUGAUGACUACAUCACUGAGAAGUUCUGGAGACCUCUGAAACUGGGGGUGGUCCCUGUGUAUUAUGGGUCCCCCAGCAUCGCUGACUGGCUCCCAAGUAAUAGAAGUGCUAUUCUCGUGUCUGAAUUUGCUCACCCUAGAGAACUGGCAAGUUACAUCAGACAGCUGGAUCACGACGACAGACUGUACGAGGCCUACAUAGAAUGGAAGCUGAAGGGUGAGGUCUCGAAUCAGCGACUUCUCACAGCACUCAAGGAACGGAAGUGGGGAGUACAAGACGUCCACCAGGACAACUACAUCGAUGCAUUUGAGUGCAUGGUGUGCAGCAAGGUGUGGGAUAAUAUCCGGCUUCAGGAGAAGGGCUUACCACCCAAAAGAUGGAAGGCAGAAGUUACCCACCUCAGCUGCCCGGAGCCCACAGUGUUUGCUUUCUCACCUCUGGCUCCACGUUGGAGCUCUUUGAGGGAGAUGUGGAUACCAAGCUUUGAACAGUCCAAGAAAGAAGCACAGGCACUAAGGUGGCUGGUUGAUAGGAAUAAAAAUUUUUCAGCUCAAGAGUUUUGGGCCCUCGUGUUCAAGGACUAAUUUCUACCAGUAUCACAGCGAUAUAGACUAGGGGGUUCUCCUGAGCUUUAUUUUCUAGGUUGCCUUAACACUCGAAUACAGUCGCUACUUUGUUGACUGUCCUUCAGGAUAAGGAUUAAUUGCUGUAGUUCUCAUCAUGAGCCCUCUCACCUAAUGGAUAUGAAUUACCCUUAGGGGUCACCUCUGUAUUUUUUUAUACUAAAAAAGUGACUAUGUCGUAUGGACACUGGUCACCUUCAGUUUCCACGUCUGGACGGAUGUACCUGCUGCCUUUUGUGGACGUCCAGCUAAUGCGGAGUGAGUGCUUUCCUCGCCGCAAGCGAGGCGGAGGGUGGAGCUGUGGAUUCUUGACACUCACCUCACUGUCUGCGGUUUAUUAGUAUUUGGCAAGCCCGGUGUCCUGAUGCUAAGCAUGAACAUGAAAUGCAUUAGAACUUGGCAAUGAGAGAUUCCAUCUGUUGGUUUCCAGGGAUGUAAGUGAGUAAUAAAAGCUGUGUGAAUUUUA